CCCACAACAACAGCACGACUCUACAGCAUUCUUCCACAAAAUUGAAACUAUAACGAUGCCGACCGCUACCGAAACGAACUCGCGAUCACCGUCUCCAGCGCCCGAGCCGCCCGUCGCCGAAGCCCCUGGUCCUCGCGCGCAAGGACUGAUCAGAAUCUACGACCAAGCCGUACGGGCAACAUUAGACAAGUGUUCCACCAAGAGCUUUGGAUCCUGCUUUCCGACGCUCGAAAGUCACAAUCCCGAUAUCUUAGAGGAUUUGCGCAAGCAGAUCGUAGACCAAUUGGACCGGGCGUGGAGGGCCAACUUCGAGGACAUCCUCGCGCGGCGCGACGUUGUCAAGUCGAUCAACGCGCUGGAACAGUGCAUAGACGACGCGAAGCAGAGGAAGGAACGGGCGAUAGAUGCCGCAGGUGGAGGUCCUGUCGAGUCGCCGUUGCAACCCCACACGCUUAGCCCCGCGGAAAUCCACCUGGCGCAUCUGAUGCCCUUUCUCGAAAAGCAUACGGAGAGCAUGAAUCAACAGCUUUCUACGACCCAGGAGUCGAACAACGAACUGCUAUCUACAGUCACGGCGCAGCGGGCCGAAAUCGAAUCGCUUGUCCGAGGGCUCGAGGUUGUCAUCCAAGAUCUGGAGGCAAGCGCACAGAUGAUGGCCCAAGACAAUGUACAGAAUCUUGGGACGGAGAUAAGGGAUCUGGAGAACGAAAUGAAGAAGUGAAACCUCAGACAGACUUGCAUACUAGAGGGUGUGCCACAGCGCAUACUUGUGGAAUGAUCCAUGCAGCACUUGUGUUCCCAGAUAUCUUAUCCUUGCUGAAUACCUCGCGCUGUAAUCAGUUGCUACUGGCUUCCACUAGGGCUCUAUCCGCUUGUCUUGCUAUCAGACAACGCAACAUCAGAAGCUUUAGCUCCCGAGCCGCUGCUGGAAGGAACCAGACAAAGUCGGAAGAUCAAACCGUACGGGAAGCGUCCCACGAUUAUUGCGGUGCGCUACGCUAAUUAUUCGCGGAUGCGAGUCAAACGAACGUCAAGGGAAGCUCAAAGGAAUGGCAAGGCGCAAAUAGAUCGAUGCAAUUUGAAUCUGGGGAUUCGCCGCUUCG